UGUAAAGUGUGUGCCGAAAAUGGUUAUAAAGCAGUCUUGAUAUUCCACUAUGAAAGCAUCACGAAGUAAGCAAGGCAAAGCGAAACACCUUACUUGGCCGCAGUACUUAAGACUCAAUACAAGAGAUCUAAGACAGAACAAGAUAUUUUAAAAUGAAUUUUUUCUAUAAGUCACUCGUGCUCACUUUGGUAAUAAGCAUAUUGAUAUGCAUGUGUGUGUGUCGACCAAGCAUGGAAGCGAGGCCGAGAGGUAACCAUGGAAAAGGCCAAACACAACAAGGAAUGAAUAAUGUGAAAGAUUUGAUCGUGAAAUAUGUGUUGGAAGAAGUGGAAAAAGAAGUGCAGCAAGAAAUAUUACCAACAACAGCGGCAACAAUAAGAGCAACAACACCAGCAGCAGUAACACCAGCAACAUCAGCAUCAGGAACAAGGUCAUCGCUUUCUAACGCCUCAAGAUUUCGUCGCAGCGGUGACACAAGCCCGUGCGUUAAAAGUCGAAAGAUCGACCUGGAAUUAGGCAUUACGGUAGUAGAAUGCUACGGGUCUUCACCAUUCGGGUGCACUCAGAACGUCUAUAAAAACGGAAGUACACUAUGUAAACCUGUUGUUAAAUCAUUCAAGCUCAAAAAAAAUGUUAUUAUCGACUGCACAUGCUCGUAAAGUACAUUCCAUCUCAUGGCAUUAAUCGAGGCUAACGUAUGAUAUUUAGGCAUUAUU